AAUUCCUUCCUAAAAUUAGUUGAGGGGAAAAGAUUCUGGGUGUUUGUGAGUUUAUUCGCAUGAAAUCUUCUUCUAAUUCUGGAGCUGGACCUGGUCGAAACAUCCCCAUUAAUAAACCUCGAAACAUCACUGCAAUGCCGAUUUCGUUUGAACCAGAAAUCUCCUUAGCCAAAAUACCAUCCUUUUUCUUCUCCACGCUAUCUAUGAAGCUCGUGAGCGUAUCACGAGCACAGAUGCCCACAAGCAAGGGAUUCCUCGUCUGCGCUAACACCUCGCCAAUCCUUCUACAGUUUUCUUCUCCGUCGAAAAAGGCGGCAAAGCUCGGAAACGGGAAGCUGAAACUCCGACGAGGGCCCCGGUCGUUGUCUGGAUUCGAAUUCUCCAAAUUACAGAGGAAGACAGGAGGACCGCGUGGUCGAGGGUAUCUAAGGAGAUUGGGGAGCGGCUGGAUAAUGGCGAGCUUGAUUUGGGAGCUCCGGAAACCCGCUACGCCGAAUACCUGACUAACUACCGGGUCAUCGAGAAUCGACAAAAUCAAGUGUUGCAACUCGACUUUGAUGCACGAGAUAUUGGACAGGUUCUGCUGUGAGAUAUCGCGAUACAGAUGGAAAUUCU